AUGGCGAGCAAUGCCGCUGCUAAUUACAUCACCGCCAAAGCCACUGCUAACGCCCAAAAACGUGACGUAUACGUCACUGGAUUCGGCAAGUUUGGUGACAUCCUGGAUAAUCCGACGACAUUUUUGGUCCAGAAGUUAGUGGAGCACCAGAACGUAACGGAGGCGCAUGUCCUGAAUGUUUCCGCAGCGAGUUGUGUUAAGGCUCUUGCGGACGUGUACACAAGAGCAGAGGAACGUGGACGUCCCUGUAUCUUUCUGCACUUUGGAGUGAGUUCCAUUGCGUGCUCCCUCAAGCUGGAACAGGUGGGCUAUAACAUAGCGGACUUUCAGAUUCCGGAUGAACAAGGAUACGUUGCCAAGAAUGAAGUGAUUCACAAGGGCGAGCCAAAUAACAUUUCAACUCAAGUACCUCUAGAGGAAAUGCUGAUGAUAUUGAAGACUAUACACCCGAAAGUUACUAUUUCAACUGAUCCAGGGCGUUACGUUUGUAAUUACGUCUAUUAUCGAUCACUUGUAUGGGUCAAACAUCACGAGGUGACCAAGGGCGGCCAGUCAAAGCAUUUUGCACUAUUCGUGCAUGUACCAAAGUUAGACGUAAUGAGCUUUGACCACCAAAUCACACUUGCCUCCAAGAUCGUAGAUAUAGUAGCCAACAUCUAA